AUGCUCUCGUUACUGCUGUUCGCCGCAGGCGUGUUGGCAGCACCACUCGAGAAGAGGCAAGCACCAUCCGGCGUGCCCGACUUCGCCCUUACCUACGCUCCGGUAGCAUAUCUCUACUCGAAAGAGGCCUACUACCCAGCGGACAUUGGAAGCCAACUUGUCAACACCCAGCCACAGGCCAAUUACACACCAAUCAGCAACCUCUCAUCACGGCCGCUGUCGCUCGAUAAUCUGGACCAGCUGAACGCCUACGGUCGCGGAGGUCAAGAUGUCUACCUCACCUCCAAAGACAACGUCGAGGACAUUCCAGCUUGGCUACGCGGUGCCAAACCAGAUAGCAAUGGCUUGACGAACGGUGCCGUCUCUUCGACUGUCAUCGUGAACAACCAUGGCAGCGGGAUGGUGGAUGUGUUCUAUUUCUACUUCUACGCCUUCAACUUUGGUGGUAAGUAUAUCAGCCAUGUCAUCGGCAACCACGUCGGUGACUGGGAGCACACGAUGGUCCGGUUCAAGGACGGCAAGCCGCAGGCUAUUUGGUACAGUCAGCACAGCAACGGGGAGGCGUUCGAGUACCGCGUUGUCAAGAAGUACAAUAAUGGAGCAAGGCCUGUCGUCUACAUCGGCAAUGGCACUCACGCCAAUUACGCCAUCCCGGGAGACCACGACCACGCCAUCCCAAACGUCAAUCUCCCCCAAGGACUAGUCGAAGACCACACGGAUCAAGGCGCGUUCUGGGACCCCAUCCAAAGUGCAUAUUGGUUUUCCUUCAAUGCUAGUAGCCAGAUAUUUACCUCGUACGACGGCAGCACGCGGACGAACUGGCUGUACUACGUUGGCCAUUGGGGCGACAAGCAGUACCGUGACUCGGAUCCGCGGCAGAAAGACAUUCUUGACAUUGAUGGAUCGCACAAGUAUACCAACGGACCGACGGGCCCGAUCAAUAAGCAGUUGAAUCGCACGAAAGUGUGUCCGGAUAAUGGCAAUUUGUGUAUAGUAAGGGCGAUCUUGGGACCGUGA